CACAGGUGGGUGCACUGCUGGGCACAGGUGGGUGGCACUGCUGGGCACAGGUGGGUGCACUGCUGGGCACAGGUGGGUGCACUGCUGGGCACAGGUGGGUGCACUGCUGGGCACAGGUGGGUGCACUGCUGGGCACAGGUGGGUGAUCUGCUGGGCACAGGUGGGCGUAACUUGUGGGUGGCACUGCUGAGCACCAAUCAUCAGGGCACUGAUCAUCAGUGCCCUGAUGAUCGGCGCCGAUCCCCGCUCUGACAACUGCCGGUUCUCAGCAGUACUUUCCUCACGAUCUGACAGCGUGAGGAAAGUGCAGCCGAGAACCGGCACUUGCAU